UGUUGACAGUGUGUGCUCUUGGACACGCAAUUAGGAACAGCUGAAGAGCAACAACAAAACCAUCGACGAAACCGAGACUCCGACGUAUGUACGUGUAAAACACAACUUAAUCCACCCUGACAUCGUUUCGAAGAGGAAUUCUGGACUUUGCCAGCACCCCGGAGACCUCGCGCAAGCGGCUAGUGCGGCGUUAGCUUCCUCAAACUCCUGCGAGGAUAGAAAUUGUAAAUUAUAGUAAGUCAGAAUGGGCCGCAUCUUCUUGGACCACAUCGGUGGAACGCGUCUGUUCUCUUGCGCCAACUGCGACACCAUCUUGACCAAUCGCUCCGAACUCAUCUCCACAAGAUUCACGGGCGCCACCGGCAGAGCGUUCCUCUUCAACAAGGUGGUGAACCUUCAGUACAGCGAAGUCCAGGAUCGCGUGAUGCUGACGGGCCGACACAUGGUGCGAGACGUCAGCUGCAAGAACUGCAACAGCAAGCUGGGCUGGAUCUACGAAUUCGCCACCGAGGACAGCCAACGUUACAAAGAGGGCCGAGUCAUCCUCGAAAGGGCUCUGGUACGGGAGAGCGAGGGCUUCGAGGAGCACGUGCCCUCCGACAACUCCUGAACAUGCCGCCAUGCUUCUUUGCUGCUGCGCCCAUUGACUUCACAGAAAAAAAAAAAAAAGAUUAGGGGUAGGUUUUUGACCCCCGUUUUCUUGAUUGGCAGUGCGGAAAAAGAACGCUUGCUUUAAAGAACGCCUCCAGUUUCUGCGGCCGUGCGCUUUAUUCGUACUCAAUAGAGACAAGAACAAGUGACCAAUUUAUCGAUUACUCGUCAAUUUUCCUACUAUUAUUGUUUUUGUUUGCAAUCGAGAAGGGAGAAUUGCUUCCUGAACUCCGGAUUUACAAUUUCACACAAAAUUCUGAACGAUCAGUUAACCAAUUCUGUUGUUCAAUUAUAAUUUUUUUUCUACCAGGAAUGAAGGAACACAAUCUGAUUGUAGCAUCGACAUUUCGACUUUCACAAUCUAAUCCACUCUACACGAUCAGCUGCCGUCUCAGUGAUCAAAUCAUUGAUUAUUAACAACUGGCAUGACAUCACCAGCCUUGAUUACGGUGCCGACUUUUCUCUUAUUAGCGUCAUUCAAUAGCCAUCACGGAAAGAAUGCCUUUGACGUCAACAUAGCUAAAGGUGAUUGUUAGCCUCACGCUGGGUUUGAUUACGCUGCAUUCUUCUCACUGUUACGUUGCUAACCUUUCACCAUGGAGCGCGCAGAUACACCCAUUCGUUAAACGGGCUUUGUGCGCUUUCUGUAAUGUACGACAUUCUCCACCCGUUUCCUUGGUUCAUAAAAGCAAGUUUGUUGCUUUCGUUGAGCUUAUAAUAAACAUUCACAUGCCAGCAAAGAGCUAGGAGAACUUAGCGGCUUCUCGGCCUGCAUGUGGCUCAUCGCUUUUGUGGAUAAAGCCCAUCAUUUCGUCUCUCCUUUAUAAUAAAAAAUAAGAUACAGUGGUGCCUUUAAAUACGGGUUUGUUACGUGACCGUGAUCAUAACAAGGCAAAAUGGAACUGCAACAUAUUUGUUAAAAAAAGUAAAAUCAUUUAAUUAGAUAGAAUGUAAAGCAUUAAAACUGUUUUUGCUUCAUAAUUCAAUCCUGGUGCUGCUGCUUCUGGUGUACCCAAAUUGGCCAGCAGGAGGCAGUGUCUGCCAUGCAUUUGUGUUCCAAUAUUUGUUUCAAGGUGUUUUCCAUUGUUUGCUUUAAGCCUGGUCUCGUAUCUCAAGGCACCACUGUAUCUGAGGAUAAUUUUAUAUAUGUAAAAGGUUGUUGACAGUUGAUUGGUUUAGCAUUUACGAAUGGUACCAUGGUUUCCAAUUUACUCUAUAAUUGAGUUAUAUUAUUUUAUGUGUAUUUUCACGAUUUGAAAAACGUUGACUUGUGCUUUAAAUGCAGCUCUGUAUUAUAUCUUG